CUUUCCAAAAACAACUGAUGACAAUUGUGUUCGAGACCGAGAAACAGACCAUCAAGAUGCUUCGACUGAGUGCGCUGCUUGUGCUCUUAGCUUUCGUAUCGAUAUGUAAAGGCAUCACCGGUGGGAAGGAGUCAGUGCCGCACUCCCGACCGUACAUGGCAUCGAUUCAGAGAAACGGAAAGCACGAGUGCGGCGGCUUUCUGGUGGCCGAGCAGUGGGUCAUGAGCGCGGCGCACUGCUUCCUGCAAGGGACUGAUGGUGUAAAGAUAGUUUUAGGGGCUCAUUCUCUCACAAAACCUGAAGAGUCAAAACAAGAAUUCAGCAUUGAUACAGUGUAUAAACACGCUGCUUUCUCACUGGCUAACUAUGACAGCGAUAUCGCUUUAGUUAAGAUGACGUCUAAGGCAAAUAUGAACGACGCUGUCAGCGCCCUAGAAUUUCAGCGUACGGGUGAGGCGCUGCCACAGCCUGGGGAUGUGGUCACCUCGGCUGGCUGGGGAUCUUUGAACAACCUUGGCUUACGGCCCGACACGCUGCAGGAGGUGGACGUCGAAGUCAUUGUCUCAAACCUGUGCUCCCGCGGCGAUUACUAUGGCCUCAAGUUCACCAGCAAUAUGAUAUGCGCUGCCAAGAAACGCAAGGAUACUUGUGAUGGAGACUCUGGUGGUCCUCUCCUCUACCAAAACGUGGCUGUAGGUGUGACCUCCAAUGGUGGGAAAAAGUGUGGCACACUGAAGAAACCUGGUCUGUACACAAUCAUAUCUAAUUUCACUGACUGGAUAGAGAAAACCAUGAGAGAGUAAACUAGGCCGCUGCAGGAUGAUCAUAACUCCUGCUUUUGUGUUUUGGUAAAAGGCCAUCUUAUUAUAGAGGCAACUGUAAGUCAAUAAAUUCAAUAAAAACAAUGAUUGUACUACUA